GAGUUGUCUCAAUAGGCUUUAAAACCGUUCGCUCUUGAUUGACAACAACAAAAGUCAUCAAUGGAGGGGAAUGCGGAGAAUGUGAGGCUUUUUACAAGCAGGCAACUGAAUCAAAUUAGGAACACCCUUCCUCUCCGCGUGAGAUGGUUGUGCUGGGCUUUCAAAGCAGGAACUUAUUUAGGCCAGAAAAGCGACGGCACCGUUAACAGGCGUCUGGCGGCGUGGCUUCUAUGGUGCCUCAUGCCCUCUGUGCCCGCCAACGAGAAGCCCAAACAUGGAGUAUAUACCAAAGACGCCGUUAUAGAUCACGUUAACGGCGUCUGGGUCCGUCUGUUUGUUCCGGUACAAGAAAACAGCAAUGAAAGAGAGGUGCUGCCAGUUGUGGUGUAUUUUCAUGGCGGCGGCUUCUGUAUCCUGUCCGCCGCCCAACAGUUGUAUGAUGAGUUUUGCCGGCGGCUGGCAAAACGCCGGCGGGUGGUGGUGGUGUCGGUGGAGUACAGGCUGGCACCCGAGCACAAGUUCCCCGCAGCUUACGAUGACUGCUUUGCGGCGCUGACGUGGCUUCAGAGCCACGCUGGGAGAGGUUUUCUGCCUCGUCAUGCUGACGUGUCGCGGUGUUUUCUGAUGGGAGACAGCGCGGGAGGAAACAUUGUACACCACGUUGGAUGCCGCGUGGCAGAGAAGAUGGACGAUUUGCGGCCCGUUAGAAUCGUGGGGCACGUGCUGAUUCAGCCCUUUUUUGGCGGCGAAGAAAGAACGCUUUCGGAGAAAAAUCUGAAGGAUGUGCCGCUAAUUACAUUGGAGUAUUGUGACUGGUUUUGGCGGGCAUUUUUGCCAGCGGGAGCUAGCAGGGACCAUCCUGCUGCUAAUGUGAUGGGUCUGGAUUCUGCUGAUAUUUUAGCGGUACAGGUGCCGCCAAGUUUGGUGGUGAUUGGUGGGAUGGAUAUCCUUCGCGAUCGACAGCUGCAAUAUAUGGAGCAUUUGAAGAAGAUGAAGAAAGAGGUGGAGCUUCUCUUCUACGAAAAUGCAUUUCAUGGCUUUUUCGCCAUGGCUUAUCCUUUGUCUUCUCAGUUCCUCGAUGACAUCUCCAAUUUUAUGAAUAGAUUAUAGGGCUUUGUUGCAGAAUGAGUCAUCUAAAAUAGGAGAGGUUGGUGGAUUAGUUGUUGAAUGGUAUAAUGAUGGUCUAGAUUUAAAUAAUUCUUUUUGGACAUUUAGCAUGAUAUUAGCGUCAAUAAAGAUGUUAAGGUCUAAAAUAACAAAAGUAGAUUUUCAUAAUCUAUAAGAUUGAUAUGUGUUGUUUUUGGA